AUGAUCUUAUUAGGCCUACGCACAACACUAAAAGAAGACUUGAAAACAUCCCCAGCCGAACUAGUCUAUGGUCAAACGCUAAGACUACCAGGACAAUUUUUUGAAGAAACAGAACAACUACCAGAACCAUCUGAUUUCAUAAAACAACUUCAACAGCAAUUUUCGAAAGUAGCCCCAAUAGUAUAUCACCACACAUCAUCAUCAAAACGCACUUACAUACCAAAAGACCUAGAAACAUGUACUCACGUAUACCAAAGAAUCGACGCUCUGAAGCCCAAAUUAACUUAUACAUACGAAGGACCAUUUCAAGUGUUAAAAAGAACACCCAAGACGUUCGACCUUCUAAUCAACGGUACAUCUAAAACAAUAUCAAUCGAUCGACUCAAACCCGCUUACAUAGAAGACAAAGUACCUGUGCAUAAUACGAACACAAGAAGUACAGCAGUUUCAGCACAACCAAGGCAAACGCGGUGA